GCCCGCCAAUUUUAAAGGAUGUAAACAGACUCGUUCCUCUUCACGAUCGAGCUGCUAUGCAGGCAGCUAAUUUCACCGCAUAACAGCGAAUAUUUCUCUGUCAGACAUGAAUUUCAAUGGAAAAGGAUCCGGCGAUUCAAGCCACCUCGCUGCCAGUGGUGACGGUGACUCCAUCAAAGUUUUUGUGCGAGUGCGACCUCUGACCCAGGGCACCGGGCUGACCACAGAUGGAGAUCAGAGUCUGUGUCUCACAGUCACUUCCCCAAACACCAUCCGUCUACUCUCAAAACCUGAGCCGAGAACCUUUACCUACGAUUAUGUUGCUGAUAUGGACACAUCUCAGGACUCUGUUUUCGCCAGUGUGGCUAAGAAUAUAGUUGAAUCUUGCAUGAAUGGGUACAAUGGUACCAUAUUUGCCUAUGGACAAACUGGCUCAGGGAAAACUUUCACCAUGCUUGGACCAUCUGAGUUGGAUAAUUUCACAGACGAACUCCGGGGGGUUAUUCCUCGAAGUUUUGAGUACCUGUUUUUUCUCAUCAACCGAGAAGUGGAAAAGUCCCCCCAGUCCAAGAGUUUCCUUUGCAAAUGUUCCUUUAUUGAGAUCUACAAUGAACAGAUUUAUGAUCUCCUGGACACAGCCUCAGCCAGUCUCUUCCUCAGGGAGAACAUCAAGAAGGGCGUAUUUGUUGAGGGAGCUGUGGAAAAGUUUGUCAACUCAGCUGCUGAAGCGUAUCAGGUGCUGUCUAUGGGCUGGCGUAACCGACGAGUGGCCUCCACCUCGAUGAACCGCGAGUCUUCUCGAUCUCAUGCAGUGUUUACCAUGACGUUGGAGUCCAAAGAGUGCAUCAAUUCAGUGGUGAACAUCCGAACGUCUCAGCUGAACCUGGUGGAUCUGGCAGGAUCUGAGAGACAGAAAGACACACACACAGAAGGCUCCAGACUCAAGGAGGCGAGCAGUAUCAAUCGCUCUCUCAUGUGCCUUGGUCAGGUGAUCAUGGCACUGGUGGACGUGUCCAAUGGGAAGAACCGACACAUCUGCUACAGGGAUUCUAAACUCACCUUCUUGCUCAGGGACUCUCUUGGAGGAAAUGCAAAGACUUUCAUCAUAGCCAAUGUCCAUCCUGGUUCGAAGUGUUUUGGUGAGACAUUGUCGACCUUGCAUUUUGCCCAGAGAGCAAAGCUGAUCAAGAAUAAGGCCAUCAUCAACGAGGACACACAGGGAAAUGUGAGGCAGUUACAGGCUGAGGUGAAGAAGCUCAAAGAGCAGCUCGCGCAGGCGCUCGUCUCUCAGGCAGUGGAUUAUGGGAAAGAUGUAGCCCCAGGAGGACCUGAACUCACCAUGGGCCAGUCCAUGAAUAUUCAACAUGACAUGUCUUAUAAGCCGAAGUUUAUGGCAGCCGUUCGUUUGUGGAAGAAGCGAGAAGAGGAGAAGAGGAUUCUGCUUCAUAAGGUGGCUCAGCUGGAGGAGGCUUGGGCACAAAAAGACAAGUUCAUUCAUUCCAGCCGAAUGAUUGUCAGGUUCAAAGAAGACCACAUCUCUCGCCUGGAGUCAAAAUUGAAGGCAGCACCAAACCUGUGGACAGACAAAGAGGCCCAGGGUCUGAUUGACCAACUGAAAGAAGAAAUUAAGAUCUUGAAAGACCAGGUCGAACAUCACCCUAAAAUGACUCGAUAUGCAGCCGAGAACUUCAGCCUCAGACAGGAGAACCGGCAUCUGCGUUCUCUUGAAUCUGUGGUGACGGCUGAAGAAGUUAUGGCCGAAGUUGCUGCUGAACUGGAGUCGGUUUUCCAGGCAGCUCUGGAGUCCGAACCAGUCACAGGGACUUUAGGGACCUCCUCAACCCUCGGGGCAGCAGAUGGUGUUUCGGCAGCUACAAUAGAGAAGCUGAAGGCUCAGCUGCUUCAGAAACAGUCUGACUGGAUGGCUUCUCUUCAGGCCUUUGAGGAGUACAAAGAAGUCACCAAGAAACAGAUGUCUCAGUUGGAGUCUGAAAAAAGAUACCUGGACAAGUACAACAGGCAUCUGGAAAACAUUUUGGAAGCUACAAAUGCUUACAAAAAACAGGAGGUCUCCGAGCUGAACAGAAUUCACUAUGAAACUAUAAAGAUUCUCACCACGCCCACAAAAGCGUACAACUUGCGCUCCCGCCUCGUACCUCUCUCCAGUCCAGAGCACCUGAAUGAGACGAGCACCACAGCGGAUGAGAUUUGGGAGGAGCAACCUCCUUCAGACAUGGCUGAGUUGGCGCUAACAGAGGAACUGCGCCAAGUGCAGGACCAAACCAGUCGUGUUCAGUCUCAGUUGAACGACGAGGAACUCAAGAACAGCAAGCUGUUGCAGCAAAUUGCCAGACUUGAAGAGCAGAUUGCUGUGAUGUCACAAGAGUCCGGCCAAAAGGAUAAGCAACUUUCUGCUGAGAGAGCGAGCAGACACAAAGGUCAGCUGGAACUGCAACACACAAUUGAAGAGCUGCAACGGAGCCUUCAGUCUGAGCAACAAGCUGCACAGGUUCUGAGGAGCGAGAUUCGCGAUCUACGCGUGGUGCUGCAGUCGUCCGACAAGGAGCUGGCCACCAUGAAGAGCCAGUUAAAAGACGACCAGAGCGAGCGGCAGAGAGAGAUGAGCCAGCUCUCCAGCAGUCUGAUCAGUACACAGCUCCAACUUGACAAAGUCCAGCUGGAGUGGGAGCAGCUUCUGGAGCAGCAUCGGACGCUUCAGGAUUUGUUCGACCAGCUUCAAGCUGAGACCAAAUUUGAGGCUGAUCAGGCGAGACAGCAGCUGCAGGACAGGCAGCAGGACGUUGACCAACUUAAAGCACAGCUCAAGGAAUUGAAUAAUUCUCUGCAAAACGAGCAAGAGCACACAAGCACCCUGGUCUCACAGCUGAGAGAAAACAAAGAAAGCACAUCAAAAGAACUCACCGAAACUAUGGAGCAGAAUGCAAAGCUCAGAAAACAGGUCUCGGACCUGACGGCGCAAAAUCAACAACAGGAAUCUAAGCUUGUCGAUCUUGAGCAAAAUCUGACAUCCAGCAGUGAAAUCAUCAAAGGCUUGAAGCAAAAGACUGAACAGGAUAAAGAUGUUGUUCUAGAUCUGAUGAAUCAAACCAGAGACCUGCGCAGUGAGCUGAACCACACCGCUACUCAUCUGUCGGGAGAAAUCAAAGAUAUCACAGCCAAAUACAACGAUGUGUGCCUUGAAAGAGAAGAUUUCAGGGAGCAAAAUGUCAAGAAGCAGACAGAAAUCUGUGACCUGAGAGAAACAUUAGAGAGAUGUGUGGCAUCCAACAAGAUAGAGGUUGAAGUGUUGCAGGAGGAGGUGACUUACGCAACCGAGGAGGUUGAGAGACUCACUAAGGUUUUAGAUGAGCAGAACAGCCUCCUCCAAACAUCUCAAGAGCAAGCAGCCCAGAAGGACGUCAUGAUCGAGAAUCUGAAGCAGAAGGUGCUACAACAGCAAGAGGUGGUAGAGAAAACUAUCCGAAGUGGAAGUUUCAAACCCCUUGUUGAAGCAACCGUCACACCUAAAUCCUUACCGAGGACUCCUCGUACUCCAGGCAGCUUCAGCAGAGAUCUGACCCAGGUCCUGGAGAACCAGGAGAAGGAACUGGAGAACCGACGCUCCUCCAUGUUGUCCAUGGAGAUUAUUUUGACAGAGCUGAAUGCAGAGAGGGCGGCCAAGAACGACGAGAUCCAAAGGCUGAAGGCGCAGCUUACCGAGAAGGAGAUGGUUCGACUGGAAAUCCAGGCCUUGCUUGACAAGUUUUAUACCAAGGAGAGUCAGCUGCCGCAGAACGGAAAUAACAGGGAUGAGUUGACCGACGCCAUUAAAGAGUCCAUUCUUAAAGAGCUCCAGGAGGAGAGGACAGGAAAGAGCAUCAUAAUGCAGAAGCUGACUGAUACUCAGAAAAGGCUCCAGGCGCAGGAUUCCAUGUUGGCUCAGUCUCAGACCUGCGUUCAAGAGCUGACCACUGAGCUGAGGAACCGCUGUCUGGAGCUGAGAGAGCUGAACCAGAGGAUACAGGACGAGGAGAAACUGCUCCAGGAGAACGAGGUUCUUCGUAAGCAGAACGAAAAGCUGUCGGAGGAGAACGGCAAACUUGUCGGGCACAAGAACCACAAGCAGAAGAUCGAAUAUCUGGUCAAGCUUAAAAAGGACAACACCAAACUUCAAGAGGAAAACGAAAAGCUUCGAACAGAGAUGAGCCUGAUGCGAGACAACAGUGGAUUUCCGCUGCUGGAGAUGACCUAAAAUUCUUCAUUCAUAUUAAUUUUCAUAUUUUUCUCAGUGAAGGUGAACUUUUAUCUUUCCUUGACAAAAUGUUUUGGGUUUUAAAGAUACUCUGAUUUAUGUAUGCUUUUUACAUGUGAUGUAUGUUCAUAUUAUUACACAUUUUACAAAUUGUUUUUAUUCCAGGUCCAUCUUUUAUUUUUAAAUGGAAAUUACAACAAUCCUGAAUAACAUCUUAAUGUGAAAACAUGAUCAUUCUUUUUUGGGUGCUAACUCCUGAUGCUGUGAUAGUGAUUGGUGGCUGAUCGUGAUUUGUAUCCGCAGUAUUGCGAUAUGAUGUCUUAUUUUUUUCUUCUUUCUUGUUUAGCAUAAUGUACUUUGAACAUACUGUAAUUAAAAAUAUUUGUCUACCUCUAA